AUGGCCUGGGACGCGUCCGAUCGCAUCAGGGCGAGCGAUCCACAGCUCCGGACCCUCAAUCUCUCAAAAAAUGGUCUCGACGACGAGCCCAGCUUCAACCUUUCAAUCAGCUUCUCAAGUCAGGAAGACGUCAAUAUGGGCCUUGGAGGCUUACUGUCGCCAAUCGAGGAGGAAAGCGGGUUCGCUAUCGACAACGCACCCCUCCAGGUCAAGGUCACCGUCAAGUUUCUAGACCCUGUCGUCAAAUCGUUACAUUACAGUCGAACCUUCUCCAGCUCAGCAGACUUCCAACCCACCGAUCGAAUAUGUCGAGGCUUGUUGCAGAGAAUUGAUCACUGCAGCAAGGAACUAAUCACCCGCCAUGACCCGGAGGCGUUAAAUGCGAGACUCCGUCAGGCUCCCCGAUUCGAGAUCAACUUUCAACUUCGGCGGGAUGGAUAUCCUGGAACAUGGGCCGAGAGGACCUUCCAGUCCUACCAGAAACAAACCAUCACCAAUACUCUAGCCAAGGACAUAACUGGCUCGACUCACAGCAUUGUUUGCGUCUUUCUGAGGCACCAUGACAAGCACUUCAAAUGGACGAACGACCCCUCUCAAGACUACUUCCACGACAGACCCACCACUUUCAAGCCUUCCCUCAGUGGUGCUCCGGAUCUUUCUUGCGUACCUCGUUCCCGUUUCAUAGAAUCUACUCAGACUUGGGAGUUUGUCCCUGGGUACACCCUAGAACUUGUGUUCAAGAGCCGGAAUCCCUCAAGGCGCCAAGCACAAAUCACACGAAACCUCAAGGUCAAUAGCAAUCAAACUGCCCCGCUGAAUCUUGGUCAGGGCGAAACCCUGCUAUGGCAGGCUUACAGGACGCUUGAGGAUAUGCUUGACUCGAAGAGAACCGCCUUUGAGAUUGAGCACGCGAACUGCGACGGCUUCGAAGGUGUCCCGGACUGCGACUGCCAACAUUACGACGAGGAUGCCCUUGAAGUGCAGCUGAGCAUCGUCAACAACCUAGGACCUUACUACGAACAUCUGCACCGCAACAUUCAAAGUAGAAUACAGUUAUUCAGGCACGUGUGUGGAAACGACUGCGACGAAUUUGUACGUGAGGUACAGGCCAGCUUCGACCAGCUGAGGGAUAAGGUGGACGAGAAGCUCGACUCACUGAACGAUUUCGACUUUCGGAUUGCGGAACUGGUCGGUCACGGGUGGCGUAUCAAGAAUGCGGCUCGAUUUACGCUCGACAGCAAACAGAGUCACACCCGGCGAACCAUCGAGGCUCUGCUCGAUCGGAUACGCACAGGCGUAGGCGAUGUUUUGCGAGGGCACGACGUUGCAAUUCGCAUGAUCGCGCACAAGCGAGGGCAUCUCAUUCUAGACAAAGCUCUGAUUGCGCGCAGACACCGCUCCAUGCCAGGCCCGUUUGCAUCAGCAACCCCCGAGGAUGAGCAGGCACUAUUUGUGGCGCACCUGAAGGCUCGCAUACAGGCUGAUAUCGACCUCGUUUGCAAAGACACAUGCAGUCUCGAGGAUGUGCCGGAUGGGCCGUCCCCUGAACACUCGGAGCGCCCUCACAACUCACCGUCUCGCCCGUUCACGCCUCGUUCUACAUUCUCCGACUGGCUUGUUCUGCCAAAAGUCCGCCGUGAUUCCCCGGAAAUCCACCAGGCUCCAACCUCGUACACCCCUCCAGGGUCACCGGGCCACUUCACCCAGCCUCCUGUGCUGCCCUGUAUCCCACCCAGAAGCUCAUCAAUGCGUGUCUUCCCAUUGGUUCCUGCUAAAUACAGGGGCAACGAAGAUCACUCAAGAAACACAACGCCGUCGGAGCCAGAUUCGGCGAUUGCUGUCGACUUCGAAAGUGAUCGAAGUAUCCCUGACGGAACUGUCAGUGUGGCUUCGUCGGUUAGUGGCAAGACUCAGCCCAGCACCAACGAUGGCCAUCGUGAGGUUUCCACACGCGGCGGUGCCCCGUUUGUACUCAGCCCUGCAGCUGAAGUACUCAAAGGCAAGGAGGCUAAGGAUGAUGACUCGAGCUCAUCGAGGUCAACUUGUUCUUCUAUGCCAGCGCUCACCGAGAGCGAAAUGGCAACUCCUGAGCAAAGCCUGCUCAUCACACCCUCCCAAAUGCGGCAUGCCUCGCCCAAGUCGGCGGGUCUUCCGUUCUUCAACGACUUCGAGUAUGGCGAGCCCUCCAGCCCUCUGGUCAUGUCAACUCCAGACAUGUCAGGUACUGUACAACCGGAAGAGAAGGCCUUGGUAGAACAGGAGGACGCGGUAUCUAAAUUCACCGUGAUCUCAGCCGCAUGCCCGCUGACCCCGUCAGGAGGGGGGACGGGCGUUCCAGCCCCGGCGGACGCAUUGGAAUUUGCCGAGGUCCCGGACGAUGCAGAUGUAGGCUCGGUUACUGCAUGCCAAGAAGAUCCGCAGCAAAAUUACGAAGGGGAUGCCGUACAAGAAUUGGAAGGAAUAGAAGAGCCGGCCAGUCAUGAAGAGACUGGCUCCGGUUUGUGCAUCAUCGAUAAUUCCGAUCUAGCAGGUCACAGCUUUGAUGCUUCAGAAUGCGAGUCGUCGGAGAUUGUGCGACGCGAUUCUCCAGCUGAAGGAUGGUUACUACAUUGCGUCGAAGACCUCGUCGACCACGAUGAUACCGCCCAAGAGGAUACCGAAUAUUCCCAAAUCAUUGCCGGCGUUGCCGAAUGCGGCUCGUCCGAUACUUUGAGGACGCAAAUUCUGGUUCUGGAUGAUGCCAUCGUCGAGCAGGAUCCGCCAGAACCGCAGUCAAACAUUGGUUCAAAUUCCGCCAGCGAAAAUGAACCGCAGCAGCAGCUGGAACAAGACUGUCAAGAAGCUAUCGCUCCGCUGAGCGGACCCAAAGAGGAUGCAAACCCACCGGUGCUCACUAAGACCCCAGAGACAGCCUGGUCAAAUGGCUCGGACAACCCGAGCGCAGACAUGACACAGGUGAGAGAUCUGAGUGCGGAGGAUGAGCUGUCACGGUCCAAGAUGGACUUUUUCGAAGCGGACGACGAAGAUACCGAUUCGGAGGAACUUGGUGUUUCUCGGCCCGUCGGAGGCUUUCUGAUCGCCGAGUCCAGCUCACAACCUCUCGAGGCCUUCAAGGAGCCUCAAGUACACGCCGGAUGCGUGGAGCCGUCCUCGGAUUCGGAAAAUUCCAUCCCGAAGGGCUCAGAAGCUGUCGAAGGACCCGACAGCGAGAGCGAACAUCACGCCACAAAAUCCAUUGGUGAGGCCGGUGCCGAAACCUUUCCGGAUUUGUCUUGCUCGGUGAUACAGCACUCUCGAACGGGCAAUUCGGCGUCGCUAGAAACUUCGGGGGCUUUGGACAGCGAAGUUGUCCGAGGCGGAGUCCAGAACGCUCCGAGAACCGUGAGCUUGGAGUUGAACACGCCGAAGGAGCCUCCUCAGCCAACCAGUGAUCUCGUGGUGUCAGACCACCUUGCUGCAUCAACUCCAAAAACACCAUCACAUAGUGUGUUUCCUGAGGAAGUGGCCGCAGAGAGAACGCCGACACAGUGUGAUUUCGCAUCCGGAAUCACAAAAUCGGGCCCGACACAGCAUGACACCUCUCGGUCAUUCGCCCAAACAAAACCGACGCCUACGCACGUCGGACUGAAAAACAACUUCCUCCUCCCGUCCUUGCCCGUCUUCGCCAGCCUCGACCCUACCGUCAACGAAAGCAGGGCCAGCUUCCAGUCAUCCUCCUCGGAGUGGGAGGACUGCGUCUCCGAGGCGAGGCAGUCGAGCGACUCGGUUGACACGAUCCAGCGGGAUCCUUCCCUGUCCGACGAGGACGCCGGUUCCGAAGAGCGCCCCGGCUCACCAAAACGCCUGGGCACGCCCACGGCGGGAAUUCUCGGCCUCCACGAGUCCCGAUGGGCCGACUUUGGCAUCCGUGGUGCGCUGACGGGUAGCCACGCGUUCGACAGGCCCUCCACGGCCCCGAUUGCGAGCCCGAACCCCAGCCGCCCCGAAGAGAAAGCCGAGCUGAGGAGUGAGAAGGUGGAUGAGGACGGCGAGCAGACGCCACGGCCACACCGGAAGUCGCUGCACCUUCUGCACAAGAAGAGCAUCAGCUCCAUUAUCUUCCCCGGGACGCACCACGGGCACCAGCUCCACCAGCAUUCCAACAAGCCGCCCAGGCUGAGCAAGAAGGAGAGCAAGGAGCUUCGGGCCAGGGAGAAGAAGGAGGCCAAGGCCAGGCCAAAGGGAAAGCAGAAUAGCAAGCCUGCUGCUGAUGUGCCGAAUGGGGAGGAUGCGGGGGAUGCUGGGCGGUUCCCCAGGGCGAUGAUGCUGGUCGCUGGGCUGGCAAUUGCGUCCUCGGUGGUGAAUAGGACUUCUUGA